UUCUAAGGGUUUAGGGUUUGCUAGUUUUCCUGGGCGGGAGAUUAUGCCGCAGCCAAAGAAGCAGGGAUCGCCGGAUGUGGCAUCGUCUCCUCCCACCGGGGCUAGGUCGCCCGGUGCUGCUACGGAGCAAUCGGCUCAGAGAAAUGGCUCUUCCGAGGGGAGGAAAAUCUCCUCCGAGGACAUCCAACUGGUCCAGAAUCUUAUAGAGCGGUGCUUGCUACUUUACAUGAAUCGAAAGGAGGUUGUACACACUCUCCACGCCCAAGCAAAAGUGGAACCUGGUUUCACGAGCCUUGUCUGGAUGAAACUAGAAGAACAAAACCCCGACUUCUUCAAAGCAUACUACACUAGGUUGAAAUUGAAGCUGCACAUUGCGACUUUUAAUCAUUUGUUGGACCAACAGGCCGAGCUGAGGAGGAAACUGGGUCUGCUUCCUCAAGUUUAUCCAUCACAAGUUUCUCAGAUGAUACCAACGCAGCCAUCACACUUAAGACACCCGGCCUCGCAAAACUUAGAACAUUCGACACACAGGGAUUCAUCGGCUAUGGAGCUGGCUACUGCUCCCGGCGAGCUCAACUCUACGGCAGACGUUCUCUUCUCUUUUGGGACAUCGGCGGAGCUGCCAGGCAUGGGGCUCGACUCCAGCUUUGUGCACCAAGAGCCACAGCCCAUGGAAAGCUUGCAAAGCGAUGGAGAUGGAAUGAGCACCCGAGACUCUCUCUCGUCGCUCUCUCAGUUGCCACGGAACUUUAGCUUGUCGGACUUGACAGCCGACUUGGGACCGAACAGCCGGUUUCCCAGGAACUUCAGUCUAUCGGAUCUUACGGCUGAUUUAGGAGCGGAUUUUGGAGCUCUAGGAAACUACACUUCACCAUUUGUCUCGGACGAAGCUUAUCUUCACUCUCCAAAGAGUGGGGGCUUCGACGAAGAACCAAUGCUGGAAUUUGGAGAUUGAUUCUUACUCUUGAAUUGUACGAAUGUAACAUGUGUAGACCAUAUCAUCCACCACAAUUCCUGGUUUGUAUAGAAAGGUUUGAUUUUUUUUGUU